GCGUGGACGAGUAGAGCGUGGAUCUGAUUGGCUGGCUUGGACACUCGUGUGUUUUUAAAUCGUAGCUGACAAGCUUUCAUGAACUAUCUGUCAAAAUUGGUUGGAACGUCAAUCCAUUGUGUAUUUGCCUCAGCCAGAAACAAUGCGGACCAGUGAGUUUGAUUCAUCCUCUGAUGAAGAGGAAGUUUGUGAAGAACAUCGCACACCUUUCCAGAUCUCCUGGUUGCCCUUGUCCAUAGUGGACUGUUCUCUGUUUCUUGGAAUAUGUCCUUUGCCAGGGUGCAAAUUCAAAGAUAUCAGAAGAAAUUUACUGAGAGAUGUUGGUGAGCUGCAGAACCAGGGGGUGCAGGAUGUGUUUGUGUUCUGUACCAGAGGAGAGCUCCAUAAGUACCGUGUGCCUAGCCUGCUGGAGACCUACAGGCAGCAGGGGCUCGUGGUGCACCACCUGCCCUUCCCUGACGGGGGCACCCCUGAACUGCAACAGUGCUGCCAGAUACUGGAGGGACUGCAAGACAACCUACACAACAACAGGAAGACUGUCAUCCAUUGUUACGGAGGCCUGGGUCGCUCUGGGCUAAUUGCUGCCUGUCUGCUGCUUCAGCUGUCUGUCUCCAUGACUCCCAACAAAGCCAUCGAGAUCCUAAGAGAGCACAGAGGGGGUGGGGCCAUUCAGACAGUCAAGCAAUACAACUUCCUGCAUGAGUUCCGGGAAAAAUACUCUGCCUACCAAGAAACCAAAGCAGUCUCAACAGAGCGAUCGGUGUCGCGGUGAUACCAUUCCCCUUCAACAUCAACUGAGCUCUCUUUUUAAAUUAAUUGGGAGUAAUAAAUGCAUUGAAUGAAUAUCAACCUCUCUCAAAAAGAGAUGGUUUAAUGUGAUUGUAUGUGUUCUCUUAUAGCACUUUUUAAAAAGCAUGUUUGUUUUAAGCCAUUUUGUUCUUAAAUUAAAAGUUUUAGGUAUUGUCGUGCUCUGAUAUCGGCUUUACAUUGCGAUUGAGUGCCUCUAUGGGUUUGCAAGAACUAUUUGAAUCAAAAUGAGUAAAUAAAGUGGCUUCUAUUAAGCGGGACUGUUGUGAGGCGUGAUCUCCACAUUUGUACAGUAUAAUGGUAGCUCAGCUGUCUGUUGAGCCAAUCUGUUGCACAUCAGUGUAGUGGGGGUAGGUUUACUUGGAGUCAUUCACUAGUUGUGAUUUGGGUCUAGAUUCAAUCUGUACUGUGGAAGAUCCCCUUUAAAGACUGUCAUUUCUCCCCGAUUGGGCCGAUAUAUGCAGCACUUACCAUGAAUGUGUUCUCAGAACAUUGCCUUGAAAAUGUGUUCAGAUUUGAAUCUUUUCCUUGGUGAAAUGAGUUACUCUAGUACGAACAUGUGGAAAUUAAAGUGAAGAAAAGAAACCACUUCCUGAUGACUUUACAGGUUGGUCAAAGACAGAAGACAUUGGGAUAAAUAUUCUUUAUCUUUUUAGAAAGUCAAAUAAAGACAACCUGAUUAAAAAUC